GGAUGGUAGAUGUACUUAGGCGACCUGCAAUGGUCAUUUUCAGGUCAACGUUAAGUUUACAUGCAAGACUCUUAUGACACUUAUCUUCGCAACCGUAAGUCGCUUUCCAACCAAACUUGGAUGGUAGACGGACUUGGGGGACCUGCAUGUUAUGCUGCAUUCGGAGGUCACAUGAUAAGGUCAUAGGUCAUUUUUAGGUCAACGUUAAAGUUUACAUGCAAGACUCUCUUAUGACACCUAACUCCUUAACCGAAGUCACUUUUCAACCAAACUUGGAAGGUAGAUGGACUUGGGGGACCUGCAUGUGAUGCUGCAGUCAGAGGUCACAUGAUUAGGUCAAAGGUCAUUUUCAGGUCAAUGUUAAAGUUUACAUGCAAGACUCUCUUAAUAUGACAACUAACUCCGCAACCGUAAGUCACUUUUCAACAAAACUUGGAUGGUAGAUGGACUUUGGGGACCUGCAUGUUAUGCUGCAGUCGGAGGUCACAUGGUAAGGUCAAAGGUCAACAAUAAAGUUUACGUGCAAGGCUCUUAUAACAAGUGUUAUACCAACCCAGUCAUUUCACAAUGAAGUUUCCAUACAAUUAUGUUACGUGCCCUCGCAAAUCACGAUAUUUCUGGUUAUUUUCAUAAGUGGGCGAGACACAAAAUCGCUUUUGCCUUGUUUUUUUUACAUCCCAUUGUGAUGAAAUUUUCAGUGAUAUGCUAGUUUGAUUUUUCUAUAUUUAGGAUCCCAUAACACAAAGGUUGGUGAUUGAUCGUAAGUUUUAUUUUCACGAUGGAUUGUACAUUGUAGUCAAUGCCCGGAGUCAAUGGAAUCAAUCAUUUGGCGCAUUACAAAUCACAUAUAUUAUUAUUAUUAUUAUUAUCAUAGAAAAAUGUUCUACGAUCAUUGCUAAGUUUUGUGUUACGGGCCCCAGAUCAACAUUUUUCUGGGUGGACUUGACAUUUAACAAACAUUCAGUCGUCCCCCAUUUCACACAUGAUCAUUUUCAAGGUACAUCUCAGACUUUAUAACCCUGGGCCUGUAUUCUAUAACUCAAAGUUUAUAAUGGGUUGUGAGUAAUAUUUUAAAAAAUUUAUUAAAUGCAUUCAAUCGAUCAUAAUAUCAGCCCCACAUUCAGUCACAAAAGGCACCUUGUCCAAAGAGGGAACCUUUUUAUUGUAGACAGAGCAAUGGGUAGUGCUAAAGCCGCCAUGAAAAGAUGCAUUGUGGCACUGACAUUGACAAGGGUUCACCUUGUCAUGUAUGUCAGAACCGCGCAUUGCCCGUAGAAAUCUGGCAUGAAUCCUGCUAGCCUUUUGACAAUGCCUCGCCACUUUUGUUCCUCGUCAAGUAGUGGCUGAUAUGACCCCCUAGCAGCCGAUGGCUAGAAUCCUGCAGGAGUAUACACCAAUCCUCAAUUUUCAUCAUACAUGAAGAGUUGAAGACAAAUAUGCAUAUAGCACCUGCAGAGCUCCAGAUUCCUGCUAUUGCAGCACAGGCUAUAUGACAAGUUACAUAUUUGUAUUGCAUACCCCUCUUGAGUUUUGUAUCUUGUUUUUUUGUAGGGAAUGGCUGAGGGCGGACAGACCCAACAUCUGACUGGUGUUGCCAAGGAUGAUGGUGAUACCGAUGAUGAGUUUGGUGAUGAGGAGGAAGAAGGAGAUGCCCCAAUGGCACAGGACUCAUCGGAUGGGUCGGAUGAAGAAAUAGAUUUGAGCGACCUUGAGUCGAGUGAUGAUGAGGGAAGUGACAAUGAUGAGGAGAAUGAUGAUGAAUCCCCAGAUCAAGGAGAUGCUGAAAAGGAAGGUGAUGAAAAGAAGAAAAGGGAUUUGAAAUUACUCCACUCUGUCUACAAGUUAUGCAAAAGACUGUACAUCUAUGCACCCAGAAUAAAUCUGAACCUUAUGCAUGACUUUACCGAGUCAGAUUUGUUUGUAAUAGACGGUGAUUCUAUUCUAGCCGACAUCUUUGCUCAACCUGGGUUAGACUUCUCACAUGGUGGACAACUGCUUCACUUGGUCUAUCUUGUGGAAUUCUUCCUGCAGGAUUUCCAGGAGCGUGAGGGUCAAUUCCAUGUCAUUUUCUUCUCAGAAGCCGAGACUCUGUGGCACAGUCAUCCACUUGAACUACUUACUCGACGUAGCAUCAUACAACACCUUAAAUAUAAUACAAGGUGCACUGUGAUAACCCAAAUACCCAACCCUUACAGCAAAGAGUGGAGUGAAUACAUCAGCCGUCAUCAUCCAGCGUUUGUCAUGCUUAGUGACGGUGAGUCGGUCGCAACCCACAGGAUGCGCCAGCUCUUGAUACGUUCUCUAAUGCUGUCAGCAGUCAGGAACGGCGUGGAUUGUGCUUUGUCCUCUAAUCUGAGCCGGUCACUGAGAAGCAUUGAUACAUUCUACGUUGAGGCAAGGAAAGUGCACCCUGGUUUCAAGAGUCUAGUUAUCUGCAAGAAUGAUGAUAUUGCCAUUGCCUAUAGACGAGCAACUCAGCGUUUGAAGAGGAAAAAUGCCCAGGGCUACAUUGACACAGAAUUGUCCAUGCUAUGCAAGCAGCUGCUUUCUAGUGUUGAGAACAACAAAGGAGAUCCAAACUUGAUGUCUACUAGUCGUGACCUCAUUGUGGUCAUGGCUUGUGCGGAGAUCAUCAAGGGAACAUCAGACAAAGAACAUGAAAGCACUGACAAAACCUUUUUGGAAGGUGUUGCUCAAGCUUUUCUUUUACAUGUGGUCUUAUUGCAAUACCUCCCUCUUGAGGCCAGAGCUCAAAAUGCACCAGAUGACAAUCUGAUUUCACCAAGCAUGACAGGACUCAUGAAAGAUUUCCUUCAGAAGAUGCAUUAUGCCAUGGCCCGAUUGGUGGCUUCAUAUGGCAAGCUACGAGAAGAACUUGCCGAACUGAAGGGGAUCAAGGAAACCGAGAGUCUAGCAGACCUGAUAGAUGGCAGACUUCUCUAUGUUAUCCUGUACCAGCUUCAGAAGUACUCUGAAAACGCCAUCAAAGUUACUUUUCCGCCUGAUGUUCUUGCAAAGUUCAAGUAUUUAUGGACGUUAACCUGCUCCCUAGCAGGGUCAACUGAAACAGAUGGCGCAAGUCUUGCUGGAGGAUUAUGCUCGGAAGACUGUAUUCUCCUGACUUCACCGGUUAAUAUCUUUCAAAGCACAUCAAAGGAACUUGAGAGUGAUGAUAACUCGACCAACAACAAGAAGGGUCUCGUUGCAGUCUCAUCCCAGAUAAUCACAGAUUAUGCAGGAGAUCUCCUCAAAGAACUGCAAUGUAAAAAUGAAGUCAACCUGCAAUCAGUUACUGCAAGACCCAGGGCAUUUGUGGAGAACUACCACUGGCAUACUGGAAGACCUAUCAAAGAUCACUUCGAGACCACACGGGAAGAGAAAUUUGGUCUUUCAUCCAUUUCAAAUGAGCAGAUAUCGGAUGCUGUUAAGGCUCUUUCUGCAAGUGACCUACGUGAAGUAUUCGCCAUGCUUGGUCUUACAACUGUGGAAAUCAACAACGCCUUCAGAACUGCGCGCGAUGCUUGGAGUGAUGAUGAUAAGAAUCAAAAUGUCUUGAGAGCUUGGCGGAGGAAGGAAGGUUACAAUGCUUCAGUGGACGCCCUUUUGGAGGCAUUGGAGGAAUGCCAGUACAUAGAGGCUAAGAAUAUCCUACUGGCAAAGUGGAGUAGACCAACCCAGCUUACAGACUACGAAAAGAAACGACGAGAACAGGACAGACAAAAAUUUGCCCGCUACAUGCAGAACUAUGGAGAGUCUGUUGAAGGCAAGGUUGGUCUAAGCCAGAAGAUGAUCAUCGUUGACAAGGGUAACGUCUCCGGGAGUAAAGGUGGUGGAGGUGCCCACCAGGGACAGAAGAACAAACAGAAUGUGACAAAGAAAGAGAAGAUACUUCAAGAAAAAGAUCAAAAGGAUCGAGAGAAAUCAGAAUCUGAAGCUGCUGAAAGGUGGUCAAAUAUCCUAACAAACAUCAAGUCAGAAAUAUUGAAGGAGAAGUUUACAUCUGUUCUGAAAAUAAUACAUGACUUUGUGAGUCACUGUGCAUCAGACAAGUGGACCAUAGAGGCUCUGUUGGCAAAGAUGGACUGCUAUUGGAUUGCAUUAAAAGCUGUGAAAACUGCAAGGAACACCACGGACAUCCAAUCCUCUACGUUCAGUGAAGUGUCGGAGAAAGAUCCCAUGUACUAUCCCAUAAUGCUCUUCAUCUGCUGUCAGGAAAUCUUGAAGCUAAAGGAAAAGUUGAGCAAGAAACAUUUCCAUCUGAUAGGAGCGUACAUGAGAGGCCUCGGGUUCACACCCUUUGCUGAGUACAUUGAGGGCUUACAGGGGACAGCAGAAAGCAAAGCUGCUGCUUACAAGAAACCGACUAAAACAGUGUGUGGUAAGAAACUACCAGGCCAAGAUGAAUGUGCGAUAGGGAUGACGUGCACACGAUUUCAACUCCAGUUUGUGGGUCAGUGGAUGAAACGAGAUGAACGCACUGAUAAGGAUCUAAGAGUUCCACACUUCAUCCCAGACACCUGGCAGCGUGAACUUCUUGACGUCGUAGACAGGAACGCAUCUGCUCUGAUCGUAGCGCCAACCUCAUCAGGAAAGACCUAUGCAUCAUAUUACUGUAUGGAGAAGGUACUGAGUCAAAGUGAUGAUGGAAUCGUCGUCUACGUCUCUCCCACCAAGGCUCUAAUGAAUCAAGUGGUUGCGACAGUGUAUGCACGCUUCCAAAAAAACCUGCCUCCUGGGAUGCACGUUAGUGGAGUGUUUUCAAGGGACUUCCGACGUAACGCUAUCACUUGUCAGAUCUUGGUGACUGUCCCACAGUGUUUGGAAAUUUUACUGCUUUCUCCCUGUCGUCAAGAAUGGUCAAAGAAGAUCAAGUAUGUCAUCUUUGACGAGGUUCACUGCCUUGGAGGUGAAAUAGGAGCAGAGGUGUGGGAGCAUUUACUUGUCACUAUUAAAUGCCCAUUUCUGGCCCUCUCUGCCACUAUCCGCAGCCCGGAAGACAUACGAGGCUGGUUGCAAGCUAGUCAAGACUUCAAGCGUCUUCAGGCAGAAGAAAUACUGAAACAACAGCAGCAAGGUUCAAAGAAGAAAAACAAGAAACAACCAGGUCUGAAGGUAGACAACAAAUACAAGGUUGAACUGGUUGUAUGGAAGGAACGCCAUUCUGAUCUGGAGAAAUAUGUCUACUUGCCUUACCCUCGUAAACCAGAUGAUGUGAUUAUGCCAAAAGAUCACACUCUCUUGGACACAUCACAAUUUGUAGCAAUGCAUCCAGUGGGUGUUCUGGAUCUGAAAAAGCUGAAAUCUCAUGGACUACCAGCAGACUUGAGUCUGUCACCCAGAGAGACUGUUAUCCUCUACGAUGCCAUGCUUGAGGUAUACCCGGAAUGUCAACAACUCAAGGCACUGGAUCCAGAUGUAUAUUUCCAAGACAUUCCUGUCUUGGAGAAGCAAGAUGCUCGUAAAUACGAGAGAAAACUUUUGGCUGAGUUCAUGCGAUGGACUAAAAAGCAAGAACAGGAUGAGAAGGUGAUAGGAGUUAUCCACAAAAUACGCCAACCUCUGCUAGAUGACACAAGCAAAUGGUCUGAGGAAUGGAAGAAAGAAACGGGGAGGCCCAAAGGUGGCCUGCACUCUGACAAUGCAGCAUACCUCCAUUUUGAUAAGCUGAUCCUUCAACUCAAUGAGCAGAAUAAACUACCAGCUCUCGUUUUCAGUCAAAAUCGUGGACUCUGUGAAGCUUUAGCCGAGGCGGUUGCGACUUCAUUGGGAGAGACAGAAACCAAACUAAGAGAAGAGUUUAAAAAGACUGAGCAGUGGAAGGCUGCCCAGAAGGCAGUGACAAGACUGGAGAAAGUGGCAAGGAGAACAAAGGACAAGGAAUCUGAUGAGACAUCACAAGUUAAAUCAGGAUCACAUACUCAUCGCCGAUUGCCAGAAACCAACUCUGGGAACCAAGAGGCAGAGAGUGAGAGAAGAGCUUUGCUGGCAGCGAAGCAGUUCUUGUCGAAAGAUCCACUGCCAAAUUGUACUCUCCAGGGCGAAGGCAACAUGACAAAAAAGGAAGUAGAAGAGACACUUAGUCGCCUCCCCAGACUUGGAACAUCAGGCUUUCUUCGUGGGUUGAUAUCCAGAGGUAUAGCCUACCAUCAUGCUGGACUAAACAACAAACAGAGGGUUGCUGUGGAAACCCUAUUCCGAAGGAAGCACCUCAAGGUUCUAACGGCUACUGCUACGCUGGCCCUAGGAAUUCAUGUGCCUUGUAAGACAGUCAUCUUUGCUUGCGAGGAUCUCUGGCUUAAACCACUGGCUUAUAGACAGAUGGCUGGCCGUUCAGGUCGCAGAGGUUUUGAUCUCGUUGGCAAUGUCAUUUUCUACUGCGUUCCUCCGCAAAAGAUCCGGCACUUGAUCACAUCUGGUCUUCCAAACCUGAGGGGUCACUUUCCUUUCAGCGUCAGUCUUGUGCUGAGACUCAUGGUGCUAACACACAAUUCAGAAGACAAGAGAGAUGCUCAUGAGAAGGUUUUAUCUCUACUGAAGCAUCCUUUUGUGUGUCACAAGGCAGCAGACAUGGAGGAAGUAGUGAAGCAUUUCUUCCUGUUCAGUGUGGAUUAUCUCAUACAUGCAGGUCUUCUUGACAUGAGCGGUACACCGAUAGGUCUUUCAGGACUUGCUACUCAUCUUCACUACCAUGAACCAGCAAACUUGACCUUCGUCACCAUGCUCCAAGAGGGCGCUUUUCAUAAGCUGUGCAAACCAAACUUGGAUGGUUCUUUCUCCCAAUCUGUGAUGGAGAAACUAGUGUGUGUUCUUGGAAACAUGUUUGGUCGUAUAACGAUGCCUGGAUCUGUGGUGCAGAGGAUAAAAAGCGAGGGCGUUCAUUCCAAGGUUGUGUUUGGGGAGUCAGUUGUGAUGCCAAAGGAAUUUUCUGACAUCCUCAAGAAGCACAACAAGGAUGUCUUGGAGGUGUUCAGAAGCUACGUCCACACUGUGUGUGAUCAUGCUGUCAAAAGAGACGACGAUGGAGUCAAGCAAAAUGUGCUACCUCUCUCAAAAAUUGCAAUACAGCCACCGGUCUUAUCACCGCCUUCAUUGAAUGCUUCUGGAGAAGAAGGCAACCUAAUUACCAAGCUUACAGCCUCAUCCAACAAGGGCACAACCUUGUCUCCAUUUGUGAUGACAUCUGGUAACAAGGACAAGGAUCUUGAGAAGUUUGAUGCAGACAUAUCUCAGGCUAUUCGUCAAGGAGUUCAUAUAGAACAAUCCAAAAUACCAACACUGAUACCAGCAGAAGACCUUGCUGACAACCGCGGAAAGAAGCUCUACCUGAAUGCAUACACAUAUGACUUCUUCAAACAUGGCUCAAAGAAGCUGAUUGAACGAGAAAACGGACUGCAAUCUGGUGAAACAUUUGAUAAGCUGAAAGAUUUUGGUCUUGUCAUAGCAUCGAUCAGUGUUGCUUUGGAGGAGCUAGGGCCACAUCAGGAUGAUGUCGUGCUUGCUUUCAAACAGCUUAAGAAAGAAUACACUGCAAAAUUUAGGAAUCAGUACGAUUCCAGUAACUUUUGAGGGUCCCAAGGCACCCUCCCUCCUCUCCAUCUAUAACGGCCUUUUGCAAGUGCAAAAAUAUACAUAUGAGGUGAAUUUCUUUUUUUCAACAGAACAUAACCGAUAAAUAGUAUAUGUACAUUCCAAAAGACAAAGCAAGAGAGAGAGAAAAAAAAUAAAUAGCAAGUGCCAAGUGCACAUAUCUAGAUAUCUUUUCCUAGGAAAAAAAAUCAUUCAAUAACUGAAUGACGUAACUUCUAAAUUUUUUUUGAAUUUUGAAUUGUUGCCGAUUAAUUAUAAAAGUGAAGUAUGCAGAGUUUUUAAUUUCUUUUCAAAUUUACUUAUUUGCAUAUUCGUAUUACCCAAUUGAUUAUUGGUGAAAAUGAAUUUGUUUGAACUUAACCCAGAACAAAUCAAAAGAUGGUAAGAUAUUUAAAUGUUUGCAUUUACAUGUAUAUACCACUUGUUUACCCAAAACCAAACAUUGACUCAAAAGAAACUUAAUGUGUGACCUGUGAACUAAUAUACCAAACAAAAUAUCUUAAUUGCAGGUUAAUGUAAAAUUUUGUAACCACUAUUUCCAAAACUCUUCCCAAAAAUUAAAUGCAUGUUAACGUGUAAAUAUAAUGCUCUGGUUCUUCUUCCAGUUUGU